AUGAUCACAUUAAAUACAUCAUAUAACGUUGGACAUGCGUCGCCGAAUAAUUUUCGUGUAUUAAUUUCACCGUUUAUCGAAUUUGAUCCGGUCCCACUUAUUUUAAUAUUCGCCAUUUCGUUAAAUUUAUUAGGAUGCGUUGAAGUUUUCUACCGCGUCCACUGUAAAAAGUGCAGAAUUGGAAAAAAUCAACCGUUACCUUUAGAUUCAAAAUUUUCUUUUAACAUUGCCAUUUCAAAUGUGCUUUUUGCUAUAAUGCAAAUCAUUGAUUUGAUUCUUACCGGGACGAGUUCAAUUAAGCCCGGAAUAGCUUGCGAUUUUAUGGGAAUAUUUUCUCCAUCAUUCUUAACAUUCAAUUUACUAUCAGUUACAUCUUUCACAUACUUACUUUUUUUAAGAGUGUGUAAAAGUGUUGAUAUAACCAGAAAGCAUGAUUGGAGAUUGCGGAAAUUAUUAUUUUUAGGUUCUUGGGUUGCAUCGAUUUAUGGUCUCAAUAGAUAUGAACCACAAGAUCUAUGGUGUUCCAACAAGCCACAAGGGGGAAUUAUAUACCUGGUCAAUGUAGGAUUCAUAACCAGUAUUUUGAUCUUCGCGUUAACGAUCUGCUUUAGGCUUGUAAAUAUGACGCUUUAUGGGAUAAGUGAUGAUCACGUGCGUGUUAACAAGAAGCGUGAACCGGUUCAACCACACGUUAUACGUAAUGCGGUUUCUUCUUUAAUACCAUACUUCGUGCAAUGGAUAUGCGUUUUGAUAUAUAACUUUGCGUUGCUUCACGAAGUAAAUGAUAAAUCGACCAAAUCGUUUUUUACGAUAAUCUUAAUAUUAGGUGUAAAUCUUGGUGGAUUCGGUAACGCAUUUAUGUACAUUAUUAAUGAAUAUAGGACAUUUCUCAUUGUAGGAAACCCCACGAAAUGUCAUACUUUAGAUCAAAAUAACGUUGUAGUGAAUUCUAUAUCACGAGGAAUUUGUAUGGAUUUUUUGUAG